CCCACUCAGAUUGUGCCAGAGAGCAAGAGAGAGGAACUGGGGUGAGCAAGCAUUGUGGCUUUGUCUGCUUCCUGUUUCAGCAAAGCUUCUGUGUGAAAAGAAACACAGUACCGAGAAGGGAAAUGCUAAGGGGGCACAAAGCCAUGGACUGAGAGCUUGCACUUUACUCAGCUACUGUCUUGCCCCAUCUGAGACCAGAACCAAGAUUUUCCCAGGAGCUGGAAGGCUUUCCUGAGCUGCUUGGGUUGGAGCCCGAGACCUGAGCAGGGAUCCCCAAAACAAGAAGCUGCCUUUCCAGCCCCUGAGGUGUACACCUUUCUAAGCUCACACUGAGAGCUCUGGACUAGGAAGGCCUAGUCCAUGCAGGAAGCCAUUCACUGCACACAGAGCCAGGAAGGAGGAGCAGAGACUUGGAGAGGCAGCAACGAACCACUGUCAGACCCACGCAGCUAUUCCAGGAACUGGAAGCCAAGCACAACAGGUGCUCAAGAGGUCAUAAUGAUCAGCCCGGACCCCAGGCCUCCCCAUGGCUUGGCCCAGUGGGCUGAGAGCUACGAGGCCAAGUGUGAACGCCGGCAGGAGACCCGUGAAAGCCGCCGCUGCCGCCCCAACGUGACCACUUGCCGCCAGGUGGGGAAGGCGCUGAGGACCCAGCAGAGAGAACAGCUCCAGAGAGCCCGACAGCAGCAGUUCUUCAAGAGAAGGAACCUGGAGGUAGAGGAGAAAGGCAAGGCACAGAGCUCCUGGGCCAGGGAGCAAGGUCUCUCCAGGAGGACAGGCCAGGAGACUGACCUCAAGAAACCCUUGUCUUGGGCCAACAGGACCCCUCCCCCCAGACAGCAGGUGUCAGGGACCAGCUCUGAGGUCUUUCCAAAGCAGCAGCAUCCUCUCUCAGACGUCUGGAGGGAUCUGGCCGAUCACCUCCCCUCCCAAGCAGGGAGCCUUCCACCACAAGACUUUCCCAUCAAGCAGCCACCCAAACACCACCGUGGCACCCAGACAAAGGCAAAAGAAGCACAGCCAACAAUUAAGAACGAUGCCAGUCAGCAAACCAAUUAUGGAGUUGCAGUUCUAGAUAAGGAAAUCAUUCAGCUUUCUGAGUACCUCAAAGAGGCUCUACAAAGGGAGCUAGUUCUAAAACAGAAAAUGGUGAUUCUCCAAGACCUACUGUCCACCCUGAUUCGGGCCUCUGACAACUCUUGGAAGGGACAGCUUAAUGAAGACAAACUAAAGGGCAAACUGAAAUCCUUAGAAAACCAGCUGUAUACCUGUACCCAGAAAUAUUCCCCUUGGGGAAUGAAAAAGGUGCUAAUGGAGAUGGAAGACCAGAAAAACAGCUAUGAACAGAAGGCCAAGGAGUCACUGCAGAAAGUGCUGGAGGAGAAAAUGAGCGCAGAGCAGCAACUGCAGAGCACACAGCGGUCCCUGGCUCUGGCUGAGCAGAAGUGUGAAGAGUGGAAGAGCCAGUAUGAGGCCCUGAAGGAAGACUGGAGGACUCUGGGGACCCAGCACAGAGAGCUGGAGAGCCAGCUCCAUGUGCUUCAGUCCAAACUGCAGGGAGCAGACAGCAGAGACAUGCAGAUGAACCAGGCUCUGCGACUUUUGGAGAACGAGCACCAGGAACUGCAGGCCAAGAUUGAACACCUGCAGGGGGACAGAGACCUGUGCAGCUCAGACACCCAGCACCUACAAGAUCAACUAAGGAGAUCAGAAGAAGAGAAACUCACCCUGGUGACCAAAGUACAGCAGUUGCAGAGUCUGCUUCAGGAUCAAUCCUUACAGCUUCAAGAACAGGAGAAACUCUUAACCAAGAAAGAUCAGGCUCUGCCUGUGUGGAGUCCAAAGCCUUCCCAUAACGAAGUGGAGCCUGAGGGUACAGGGAAGGACAAAGACUGGGAUAUCAGAGACCAGCUGCAAAAGAAGACUUUGCAGCUCCAGGCCAAGGAAAAGGAGUGCAGAGAACUACGUUCAGAGUUAGACAACCUCAGUGACGAGUACCUCUCCUGUCUGCGUAAGCUACAGAACUGUCGAGAAGAUCUGAAUCAGAGCCAGCAGCCACCUGCCAGAAGGCAAUGGGGCCGAUGGCUAUCGAUGCUGAUGGUGAUGAUUGCUAUAGCACUGGCAGUGUUCCUGAGCAACAAGGGCAGCCCGAUCUGAAUAACCUGUGAGACAGCUGCCUUGGGGGAAAAUCAGAAGCAAGAAACUCAAUUAAAAACUCAGCAGGUUUGGGUACAUUAACAUGUGGGUUUUCCCAACUCAACUGAUUUCUGAGUUUAUUAUUUUUUUUAACCUACUGUAAAAUAAACAGAUAAACUUCA